GGCACGGGCACGGGCACGCGCACGCGCAAUACACAGACACACACGCGCACGCACACACAGACACACACAUAGUAUUUGUAAGAGGAGAACGGUGGUCGAGGCAAAGGAUCGAGAUUUGUCAAGGACCGAAAUUACGUGAUUACGCGACAAUAUUCAUGGAAAAUCUGAUUCCGAGAGAAAUUUUUCAGGUCGUUUACUCGGAUGGGUUGCCAUGCGAGUAUCGAUCCGACGAAUGGAAUUGUAGUAGGCAAAGCAUAGUUGGACGAAAAGGAAUAUACCAGCGAGUUUUACCGAGAAUUCUCGAAGAGAGACGCGCGACGUCGCGUCGCAACGAGCGUUUCAACGUCGACGUGGACGAGAACGAGUGGUCCGAGUUGGUACGACGAGAUCGUCGCUGAUCGCGCGAGAAAAUGUUGGAAAUGGCGAAAAGGCGAAAAGGCGAAGAGGCGAAGGAAGGAUUGGAGGGAUGAAGAAGGUCGUAGCAGAGUGUCGUAAAGAGAGGAGAGAAUGAAAGUAAAGAAGAAAGGGAGGAAAAUGGUGGAUAAGCGAGCAAAGGAAGAAUUUGGUAGCGAGUAGAGUAGCUGGUAAAAAAGGAGAGGAGGAGAGUUAUGCGAAGAAGCGGAAGCACAAAGGGUGUUUUAUCAAAAUGGUGUUCGUCUCAAAACGCGUUCGUGACACCGGAACGCAGAAAAUUCCGCCGCGUACACGGACUUCAAUUGCCGUUACAUCCUCAGCAAGUGGUUGGUUGGAUCGUGAUUUUGGUAAUCGUGAUCCGGCGGAUCCGCGAGUCAGAUCUCAGCCUACAAACAAAAUCAUACCGGAAUUCGAUCGAGGAAAACAUUCCCAUGUGAUCGAGAACGGCAGGUGUCAUCUGUGCAAUAUCACCACCGACAGCAAGAGGACCAAGCACUGUUCGAUCUGUAACAAAUGCAUCGUCCGAUUUGACCAUCAUUGCAAGUGGCUGAACAAUUGUAUCGGGGCUAGAAACUAUACAGCUUUCCUCGUUUGCUUGAUUUCCGCGAUUCUAGCCACCCUGUUUAUCGCUGGUCUUUCCGCGACGGAACUGUUGCUCUCAUUCUCCCCCGACCGAAUAGCGAUGCUUCAGGUUUCGAAUGCGACCGGACACGCCGUGCCGACGAUCACCCCAGUCUCCGAUGCGGUCUCGGUCCUACUCGUCUCGGCGAUCGGAAUUCUUUCCGCGAUCACGGCGAUACUUUUGAUUCACCUGUGCCUGUUUCACGGUUACAUCGCUUGCCUCGGUCUAACCACUUACGAAUACGUGCGAAAGAAACGGCAAAGAAACACGGUGACUGCAGCCGCCGUGGCGGUUGCCGCAGCAGCAGCCGCCGCAGCAGCAGCAGCCGCAGCAGCUACCGCGACCGCGACCGCGACCGCCACCGCCACCGCCACAGCGACCGCUACAGUUAUCGCGACCGCCAUCGCUACUCAAACCGUUGACACCUUGGUUGCGGCUAGCUCGACCACCGCCGCCGAACCUACUACAGUCGAUCUUUCCGAUUCGAAAACGAUUCGACGCGACAUUCGUCGGCUCGUAUCCGCCGACACGACGGAUUCUUGCUUGCAUUGCGACAGACGAAAUAGGCGGAUCGACAUCGACACCGACACCGACACCGACACAAGGGAAUCGAAUGAAAUCGAAACGGAAUCGUCGUUUCAUCGGCAACGGGAGGACCAAAGGAAAAACUUUCGAUUGUGUCUGCCGAAACGCGAGCACCAGUCCCAAUCAAACGACAAAAGUUGCGCAACCAUACCGUCCUCCCAUGAUUCGGUUGGUGGCAUCCGAGCCACCGGCGGCUCCUCUUCGCCUUCGCCAGUUUCUUGCUGUUUUGCCGCUGCCAAUUCGAUAGCGGUGCAUUGUCGUUCCACCGGGCACAAGAGGAACGAGCAGAAGAAACGAUCUACCGACGACCACCGCCGAGUCGAUUCGCUAGAUUCGUUACGUGUCUCGACCACUUCCUGCGAAACCGUCGAACGAAUCGGGAAAUUUCUACGAACUUAUCUAAAGAGGAAUCGACAUCGACGUCGCCGGCGUCGAUCCUCCUCCUCCCGUAGCAGUGCGUGCGCGUCAAAGGAAAACGUUGCUGUGGCAGCGGCGGCAGCGUCGUCUACAGACGAUUCGAAUCAGUGUAGAACAACGGAAAUCAAAAUGAAUCUCGAGAGUACCGUCUCGUUCGGCGAUCUUCUGGAAACGACUGCGAAUUCCGCGCCUCGACCACCACCGAGCAGACUUCCUCCGUUGCGUUAUUCUUCGAACGACCGUUCGAUCGAUCAGAAAACGACCGAACUUUCCUCGUAUACCCGACCUCGUCGGACUUUUUCCUUCCGGAAGAGAGCAAAAUUAAAACUGAACUCGCACAUGACACAGUCUAUAAGACUGUCUCCCAUCUUGGAAUCGGAAUUCUCGAAAUCCGUAACCCCGAGAUCCUCCUGUUCUUCUCCUCUUUCACCUUCUUCCGCCCGUUCAACGCGUUCUUCCUCCUCUCCGCGAAUCGACCGAUUCGUCGUCCCGUCUUCAUCGGGAAUCUGAGAACCGACCACCACCACCACCAUUCUUCUAUCCCUUGUUUAUCUCAAAUUCGUUUCGAUCUUUUUCACGUUUCGUUCUGUCAAGCUCCUUUCACGAAACUUUAUUGAUCCGUCAAAGAAAGAAAGAAAGAAAGAAAGAAAGAA